CUUUCUGAAUGCACCGUAUGUUUCCAUUUCUGGGCAUUACACGUUAACUUAUACAAAACGCUGCCAUAGAUGUUUCAACUAACUUGCUCUUGGCGAUACUGUCUCGGUUCUCAAUUCGGGGGGAAAGGGUAUCUUUUAUAAAUGUCCGUGUCCAGUUGCAGAAAUAACCAUGUUCACUCUACAACAACUCAAAGAUAUUAAAUCUAUGUUUUGUAUGGACUGUGCCUCACUGCCGCGUCAUAUAGAAAGGACUAGUUCCUGCAAAGACGCUGGGAAAUCCUGGAUGUGCGGCAGGUAAGAUGGCGAGGACCCUCCUUGUGUGGUACAAAGCAUUAGGACCGGGAUUUGACAGGGACUUCACGAUACCUAGUUGCCGAUAGGAUAUGUAUUGCAAUUUGAUACUGUGAUUUGAUUGCGAUUCGAUGUUCCAAACGUAUUGCUCACCAUAUGUCUGCUGCAGAGGGACGAGAGAGCCCGGAGAAAAUGAGUUUUAGGUCUGGGAUCAGCUCUUUCUAGUACAGCAGGUCUAGACUAGUUUGGGGAGUAGUCUACUGUACCAACACACCUACCAUUUUCAGGUAGUUGGCGUUGCCGCCUCCCGGUGGCCGGUGUGUAUGAGUGUGGGCAGCGUCUGGUGAGCGUCGUAGUCCACGGGGAUGGGGAAUGGAGUCCAGCAACACCAGGCAACACCACUCACACAAGGAGAGGUGCUGCCACUGCCCUCCGACAGCCAGGCAGAGGGUCUAAAGCCCCAGACACGGUCCGUGGUUAACUCUCUCCUCUCAGGGGCCAUAGCUGGAGCCUUGGCCAAAACCGCUGUGGCCCCGCUGGAUAGAACCAAGAUAAUCUUCCAAGUGUCCUCAGCAAGAUUCUCUGCCAAGGAGGCAUAUAGGUUGAUUUAUCGGACCUACCUGAAGGAUGGCUUCCUCAGCCUGUGGAGGGGCAACUCUGCCACCAUGGUACGGGUCAUCCCCUACGCUGCCAUCCAGUUCUGUGCUCACGAGCAGUAUAAGAGACUACUGGGUGGAUACUUCGGCUUCCAGGGAAAAGCCCUGCCGCCGGUGCCAAGGUUACUGGCGGGUUCUAUGGCUGGUACCACAGCUGCCAUGCUCACCUACCCUCUGGACAUGGUGCGAGCCAGGAUGGCUGUCACGCCCAAGGAGAUGUACAGUAACAUAAUCCAUGUGUUUGUGCGUAUCUCUCGUGAGGAGGGUUUGAAGACACUGUAUCGUGGUUUCACCCCCACCAUACUGGGUGUGGUGCCCUACGCUGGACUCAGCUUCUUCACCUACGAGACUCUCAAGAAAAUGCAUGCAGAGCGGAGCGGUCGCCCCCAGCCCUACUCGUACGAGAGGUUGGUGUUCGGGGCAUGCGCAGGUCUCCUGGGCCAAUCGGCCUCCUACCCGCUGGAUGUGGUACGGCGGCGCAUGCAGACGGCGGGCGUGACUGGGCACACCUACGGCACCAUCCUGGGUACCAUGCGGGACAUCGUGGCGGAGGAGGGUGUGGUGCGUGGACUCUACAAGGGCCUCAGUAUGAACUGGGUCAAAGGGCCCAUCGCUGUGGGCAUCAGCUUCACCACCUUUGACAUGACACAGAUCCUUCUGAAGAAGUUGUACCAGCUGAGGUAUAAUAACAGGUAACCAGUAGGGAGAGACUGGUGGAGGGAUGGAGAAGGCAACGGGAAUGAGGACGAUAGAUAAUAGCAGGACAGUCACUCUAUGAGAACCUCAGCACAAACGACGUGAAGGCCAGGAUGAACAAACAUUGUCGCUUUCUAGGGUCAAGGCAUAACGGAUUGGGGAAUGUGUGAUUGAGUGAUCCAGGUCAGCACAGUGGACACACACAGUGUGAGAAAUGAAUGUCUUCAUCCUUGUGUAUGUACAUGGAGACAUGAAGUCUCAUAAGAGGUACAUUUGGUGGGUCAUAAUAUACACACUAUGGUCCUGUACGUUGUGUUCAGGUGCAAUAUGUUCAGUUAUUUCAUGUGUGUAAUAUUCACACAAAAUGCACAAUGUGUGUGUGUGUGUGUGUGAGAGAGAGAGAGUGACAACGCACAACUUUCGGGUGUCUCCCUUGCCUUGCAUCUACUUGACUAGGGGACCUUCCAACAGUCUGGAUCAGAUGAGUUGUUCCUGUCUAUCUCCUUCCACAUGAGUUGAAUUUUACUUUUAUCAAACGACAAUGUGCCCCCAUGAGAUUUAGUUUGUUUGGUUGAUGAUUUUUGUUAAAUGAGUUAUACCAAAGCAUAUACAA